AUGAGCACUGAGGAAGUGUCGCCACGCGCGCAGAUGCGCCACAGCCGCUCCAUGGAUAUGGGCGUCACCCGCAAGAUCGACAUCUCGAGUCAGAUGGAGGAGGUGAAGACGCUCAUCCGCUCCACCAAAGUCUUCAACGACGACGCGGUGACCAAUGAGGUCGAGUGGUUCUACGGCCCGCUGGGCGUCCACGACUUCUACUUCCUGGGCCAGUCCCCGGCCGUGAUCGCCCACCACAUCCAGAGCCUACUCGCUGCUAAGCUCAUGUCCAAGGCGUCGAACCGCCCGGACGUCAAGCUCGAGCAGGAGGGUGAUAAGGAUGCCUUUUUCUCUGUGCUCAGCAACGUCGCCGGCAGCAACAACAAGCCCAGCCGUCGCGCUGUAAGCUACGACUCCGGCAUCACGGAGACUGAGGCUCUUGAGCGCCGUAUUGAGAAGCACUACCUCAGUGGCUCCAGUGGUGUCAUUGGUGACGGUGUCAAGGCCGGUUACCAGUACCUGGAGAAGGCCGAGUCCACCAAGAAGGGAACUUACCGCAUGCAGUGCUACCGCUCCAGCGGUGUGCUGGACCCUAUCACAGUGCCCUACCACGUGCGCAUGUACUUCCUCCAGGAGCCCGACUUCGUUGACCCCAAUGUGAGUGAGAACGAGACGGACAUUAACAAGGUGGCCGACAAGGUCUUCCUUGAGCGUUCGGGCCCGCGUCUCCGUGAGGUGUACCAGGAGUGCAUCGUAAAGGCCAUGGACCAGAUGACCCCCGCUUUCCACUCGGAGGUCUGGACUGAGUCGGACGGCUCCAAGAUGGCUCGUCUCGCUAUUGCCUACCGCAGUGGAGCCACGCACUCGUACUUUUCCAGUAUCGCCGAUGUGUACCGUCAGCACGGCCUGUUCUCGCAGCGUAAGUACGCCGAGUUCUUCGCCAACGGCAUCGUCAUCUACUGCUUCUACCUGCAGAUGCUGGACAACCCCUCGGCCGGCAAGGGCUCGUUCGAGGAGCGCUUGAGCGCCACUGUAAACGACGCGUCGAUGCACUUCACGCUGCCCCGCACGUCGCUCACGCCCAUGCUGACCGACGGUCUUCUGACCCCGCAGCAGAUCGCGUACGCCUACGCGGCCUGGAAGUUCACCUUCCACUUCAUGCACCGCCUGCCGGAGUCGUUCGCCAUUGUGAGCAAGUCUCUGCGUGACCGUGACCCGAACGCCUUUGCUCGUCUGGAGCAGCUCCGCUCCACCAUGAAGCUCAACACGUACACGGAGUCGCAGAUCCUGGACCACAUUCUGAGCUCGGCCGAAAUUGUCAAGAUCCUGUACGCCGAGUUCCAGGCACUACACGAACCGACCAAGGACGGCAAGCGCCCCGACGUGGACACGAGUGCCACGCUGUCGACGUUGCGCAAGUCCAUCGUGGCCGAGCAGGCGCUGCAGAUCUUCUCGCUGUUCCACAUCUUCAACAAGCACAUCCGCAAGACCAACUUCUUCGCCAACGACAAGGCCGCGCUCUCCUUCCGCCUGGACGGCAAGUUCCUCAGCAAGACCGAGUUCCCGGAUGAGCCGUACGCCAUUAUUUAUGUCAUCGGCUCCGAGUUCCGCGGCUUCCACGUGCGUUUCCUGGACGUCGCCCGCGGUGGUAUCCGUAUGAUCCGCUCGUCGCACGCCCAGGUGUACCUGAACAACGCGUCGUCGCUCUUUGACGAGUGCUAUGGCUUGGCCUCGACGCAGCACCGCAAGAACAAGGACAUCCCCGAGGGUGGCUCCAAGGGUGUGGUGCUGCUCAACCAGGCCCACCAGGACAAGGCCGACGUGGCCUUCCGCAAGUACAUUGACGCUGUGCUGGAUCUGAUGCUCAUGAAGGAGCCCGAAGAGGACAUCUUGUUCCUGGGCCCCGAUGAGGGCACGGCCCACCUCAUGGACUGGGCCAGCUCGCACGCCAAGGCGCGUGGCUACUCGUACUGGAAGGCCAUCACCACGGGCAAGUCGGCCUCGCGUGGUGGUAUCCCGCACGACGUGUACGGUAUGACCACCCACAGUGUGCGCGAGUACGUGCUGGGCAUCCAGCGCAAGCUGCAGCUGCAGGCGCCGAUCACCAAGGUGCAGACUGGAGGCCCCGACGGCGAUCUGGGCAGCAACGAGAUCAAGAUGAGUCCGCAGGAGGACACCAUCGCUGUUGUUGACGGUUCGGGUGUGCUGUACGACCCCAAGGGCAUCAACCGCGACAACCUGGUCAAGCUGGCCGAGGCGCGUAGCCCCAUCUCGGGCUUCGACACGAGUCUGCUGUCCUCGGAGGGCUACUCGGUGCUGGUGUCGCACAACGACGUGACUCUGCCCAGUGGCGAAGUGGUGGAGAACGGCACGGAGUUCCGUAACUUCUUCCACCUGCGUCCGAGUCUCACGGCCGACUUCUUUGUGCCGUGCGGUGGUCGCCCCGCCGCCGUCAACCUCAACAACGUCGAGCAGUUCAUGUACCGCGAGGAUGGCCGCACGCUCCGCUUCAAGUACAUUGUGGAAGGUGCCAACCUGUUCUUCACGCAGGACGCCCGUACGCGUCUGGAGGAUGCCGGUGUGAUCCUGUUCAAGGACGCGUCGGCCAACAAGGGCGGUGUCACGUCGUCUUCCCUUGAAGUGCUGGCUGCUCUAUCGAUGGCGGACGAAGAGUUCGCUGAGCACAUGCAGGUAGACGAGUCUACCGGCAAGGCCCCGCAAUUCUACGCCGACUACGUGAGUGAAGUGCAGAAGCGUAUCGACCUGAAUGCCCAGCGUGAGUUCGAGUGCAUUUGGCGCGAGCACGAGCGCUCGGGCACGUACUACUCGGUGCUGACCAACCAGCUGAGCGAGCGGAUCACGGACUUGAGUGCCAAGAUCCAGCACUCGGGCCUGUGGGAGAACCAGGCUUUGCGCGAGAAGAUCUUCGCGGACGGCUUCCCGGAGAUCCUGCUGCGCAAGACGUCCAAGGAGGAGCUGAUCAAGCGUCUGCCGGAGAGCUACACGCGCGCCUUCUUCGCGUCGCAGCUUGCCAGCCGCUUCAUCUACAGCGUCGGCCUCGGCGCCCCCGAGUUCUCGUUCUACGAGUUCAUCGAGAGCCUCAUUGGCGGCAACUAA